AUGGCCACCACUCCUGGACAACGCCUCCUCCCCGUGGUCGUCGACCACCUCGCUCAAGCCAACCCUGCUCAGCGCAUCGGUCUCAUCCCCACGGGUGCUGAUGUCUCUGAUGGCUAUGAUACUGUGACCGUCCAGCGUCUGGCUCGCGCGGUGGACGCCUUUGCUUGGUGGAUCGAGAAGCAGAUCGGACGCGCCCAGGAGCCAAAGACUAUCGCUUACAUGGCUAGCAAUGAUGUGCGAUACUUGAUCUUCCUCUUGGCAGCUCAUAAGACGGGAUACAAGCCUCUCCUUCCCUCUACACGUCUUUCCGACGACGCCUACCAGCACAUCCUCAACGCUACCGACUGUCACGCUUUCUUCUACACACCUGAAAAGCAGCGCCGCGUGUCUGAAAUUCAGGCUUUCCGUCCUGAUACUACCUUUCACGAAGUGCCCUCCAUUGCAGAGCUCUUCAGCACCACUGCCCAGCCCUACCUUUACACCAAGACCUACCAGGAAGCCGAGGACGAUGUCGCCAUAAUCAUCCACAGCUCCGGCACAACAGGCAUGCCUAAGCCCGUCCCCCUGACGCACGGCUUCCUUGCCACCAUCGACUAUGCCGCAUACAUCUCGCGUCCCCAAUUCCGGCAAUCUACCAUGUUCUACGACGUCCAGCCUGACGCCCUUGUCCUCUCCACCACGCCCUUCUUCCACCUGAUGGGACUACUUGCCUUCUUCGAAUCCCUCUUUCACCACAUUCCCUUCGUCAUCCUCCCCGAAAAGCCUCUCUCCGCCGACCUCAUCACCUCUGCUAUCACCGCCACCAAGCCUGCGGCAGCUAUGCUUCCUCCCUCCCUCCUCGAAGACAUGUCCCACGUCCCGGCCGCCCGCACUGCCCUCAGCACCCUUGAAUAUGUCUAUUUCGCCGGCGCUCCUCUUGCUCCAGAAGUUGGCGAUGACCUGUCUCAACUCACCAAGAUGAUCACCGUCAUCGGAUCCAGCGAAAUGGGCAUCAUCUCCUCGCUCGUCCCCCAGGGCAAGAAUGUAUGGGGCUACUUCGACUGGAACCCAGCCUAUGGAGUGGACAUGCAGCAUGUCAGCGACGAUAUGUAUGAGCUCGUCAUUCCCCGCCGAGCAGACAGUCGCCGAAUCCACGGCAUCUUCCACACCUUCCCAGACCUCGCCGAGUACCACUCCAACGACCUCUUCAUCCGACACCCCGAGCAUCCUCACCUGUGGAAAUACCACGGCAGACUCGACGACGUGAUCGUGCUCAGCAACGGCGAGAAGCUAAACCCCAUCACCCUGGAGAAGAUCGUUGAGGGACACCCGCGUGUCCACCGUGCUCUCCUCAUCGGCCAAGCACGCUUCGACACGGCCCUCCUCAUCGAGCCCAACUGGGCUCUCGAGGGCGAAACCAUUGACGAAAAAGCCUUCAUCGAAUCCAUCUGGCCCACCGUGGAGCGCGCCAAUGAAGCCGUCCCCAAGUACGGCCGCAUCGCAAAGAACAAGAUCCGUCUUUCUGAUCCCAAGAAGCCCUUCCAACUGACCCCCAAAGGCACCACAAAGCGCCACGCCGUGAACAAGGACUACAAGGAUGAAAUUGAGGCCAUCUACGCAGCAGCAGAGGAAGAAACCGCCGCUGUCGAGCUUCCCACUACCCUCAGCAUCGACAACCUCCGCACCUUCAUCCGCUCUCUCAUCGCCAACCUCCUCGAACGCGCCGACCUUGGUGACGAUGAGGACCUCUAUGCCGCCGGUCUGGACUCGCUGCAAACCAUCCAGCUCGCCAAAACCCUCAACAAGGCUGUCGUCGCUGCCGGCUACCCUGCUGGCCAGGAAAUAUCCCAGCAGCAGAUCUACGCCAACCCCUCCAUCUCCCAGCUCGCUGUCUACCUGCACGACCUAGUGACCGGCAACCUGCGUACAACGACCAUCUCCCGCGCCGAUCGCCUCGCCGCUACCAUCGAGAAAUACACCUCCCAGCUCCCUCGCCGCACCACCCCGGCCGUUCCUGCCCCGGCCAACUCCACCGUGAUCCUCACCGGUUCGACCGGCUCGCUCGGAACCUACCUCCUUCAUAGCCUGCUGAUCGACUCUAACGUCGCGAAAGUCUACUGCUUCAACCGCUCCGACGCGGCCGACCGCCAACAGCGCAGCUUCGCCGACAAGGGUCUGGACACAACACUCCUCAACCCCAGCCGAGUGGAAUUCCUUACUGUCUCAUUCGGCGCACCACGCUUCGGCCUUAGUGAGACCAAGUACGCAGACCUCCUGGAGGAUGUGGACUUCAUUAUCCACAACGCGUGGAAGGUUAACUUCAAUCACCCACUCGAGUCGUUCGAGGACCCGCAUAUCAAGGGUGUGGUGGAGUUCAUCUCCUUCAGUCUGAGGAGCAAGUACAACGCGCACUUGUCGUUCGUGUCCAGUGUGAGUACCAUCGGCGGAUGGACGGAGAAGUUGGGCCCCGUGGUGCCGGAGACGCCGAUCGAGAAUGUCGAUGCGGUGCUGGUGCAGGGGUACGGCGAAUCGAAGUUCGUCGGAGAGAGGCUCUGUCUGGCUGCCUCCGAGGGGCCGGGUGUGCCAACGACGGUGUUUAGGGUUGGGCAGAUUGCUGGGCCGACGAGUGUGAAGGGGAUGUGGAAUUUGGAUGAGUGGGUACCGACGUUGGUGAAGACGAGUAAGGCUGUUGGGAAGGUGCCGGCGAAUUUGGGUGGGUAUGAGGUUGAUUGGGUGCCUGUUGAUACCCUCUCGACCAUCACCACCGAACUCAUGCACACCCGUCGUCAAAACCAAUCUGUCACUCCGCACGCCGUCUACCACCUCGUCAACCCCUGCAAGACACCCUGGGCGACCCUCGUCCCCGCCAUUCAGGCAAAGUACCCCGGUAUGCAGGCGGUGCCGCUGGAUCAGUGGCUGGACGAGCUGGAAGCGAUCAAAUCGCCGUCGGAGACAGAGGUGCGAGAAAAGCCCGCGCUGAAGCUGCUCGACUUUUACCGCGGACUCACGGGCGAGAUGCUCUCGGCGAGUAUUAGUGUGGAGCAGACGCGCGGGGCGAGCAAGGCCAUGGAGGGCCUGGGAGCUGUGACGGGGGAGCUGAUGGGGAAUUGGUUGGGACAGUGGGAUUUUUGA